AUGCGAAUCCGCCCCUCAGAUGUGAGGUUCUCCCAUGACUCCAUCAGCUGUAGGUUCAGCUGUGGUAGGCUGGUGACAGACACGUUGGAAGAGCUUCGAUCUGGACGGAUUGACGUGUCGAUUAUUCCUCAGAUGAUCAUCUCACAGGUUGAUGAAUGCUGGUUUGCAUACACUGGCAACCGACGGCUGUGGGUGUUCCGCGAACUGGAGAAAGAUGGCAGCCUCGGCGAAAUCGAUGUUAAGACUACGAACCAGAAAAUUGGAAAGAAAAGAUUUACCACAAACAACAAUGGAGCAACUGCUCGAGUGCGAUGGCAGGGGGACACCGAGCCAGAGACUGUUCAGACGUUCGAGUAUGGUUUCUUCGCGGAUGCUGAUGUGCAGGACGCCUACAUGAAUUCCACGGGUUGUUCGCAAUGCGUAGCGCUCAACCACGACCAAUCGGGAUGGGCUUCUUUGUUUAGUUGCGAAGGCAAGUUUUCCGUCGAGAAGCGAUCAAUUCCACAAGGCCUUUGGGACUCUAUACUGCUUGAGAUAAAAGCGGGAAACAAUCCCACAUUGUUUGCUUGCGGCAGCAACGAACGGUACUUCGUCCAAUUCCAGCAGAGAAACAGCUGGUUCGCGGUGUCUGGAAAUUCUUUUCGGAAUGCUAUCCAUGAAGGCGAGCCUUUGGAAGCCAUCUGUUUCGCACCAGAAAACGGGUACUGGCUGAGGCGAGUGGAUGGAUCGACUCUUUGGCAAAGACUGCCGCGUUCUCUUGACAACCUCUUGGAAGAAAGCCAGCGCGAGGUUGAGUAUGUAUCCAUUUCUCCAUCGGGUGGUGCAUGGUUCGUUCGGUUCCUGGACAACACCGUUCUAUAUCGGGGAAUUUCGAAGAAGUGUACAGAGGAGGUGAAACACCAACAGGCGCAAGGGCGCGUGUUGUUCCAGUUAAAUUUCGGCGCAAAUGACGACUUUGUGAUGAUCGCGCGAGGGCCGUGA